AUGUCAGCUAUGAAUCUCAGUCGUGAACAACAAAAUGAACUUCUCUUUGUAGGGUUUAAUCAAGAUAGCGGAUGUUUUGCCUGUGGUACGGACUCAGGUUUCAAGAUUUACAAUUGUGAUCCAUUUAAAGAGACAUUUUAUCGAGACUUUUCCGAUGGUGGUAUUGGUAUUGUCGAGAUGUUAUUCCGUUGUAAUAUUCUGGCCAUUGUGGGCGGCGGACGCAAUCCGAAAUACCCUCCUAACAAGGUUAUGAUCUGGGACGAUCACCAGAGCCGCAAUAUUGGAGAAUUGAGCUUUCGUAGUGAAGUAAAGGCUGUCAAGCUACGUCGGGAUCGAGUCGUGGUCGUGCUACAGAACAAGAUUUACGUCUACAACUUCUCGGACUUGAAGUUGGUGGAUCAUAUCGAAACGCUGGCGAAUCCCAAGGGCCUGUGUGCGCUGUGCCCGAAUCUGUCCAACACGGUGCUGGCCUGUCCGGGUGUGACGCGCGGUACUGUCCGUAUUGAGCUGUACGAUCUGCGGAAGACAACACUUAUCACUGCCCACGAAGCAGAGCUGUCGCAGAUUUGCUUAAACGUUGAUGGCACGCGACUUGCGACGGCCUCAGACAAGGGCACCCUUAUUCGUAUUUUUGACACUCAAAGCGGUCAGAUCACGCAGGAGUUGCGUCGUGGAGCGGAUCGUGCGGAGAUCUACAGUAUUUGUUUCAGCCCGACAGCGCCUUUGCUCGCGUGCUCAAGUGACAAGGGUACAGUGCACGUGUUCUCGCUGACAGCCGAAGGUUCAGGCCAGAGCUUCUCAUGCGACCAAACGACUAUGGGAAGUGUUCCCGCGCAAAGCUUGCCAUCUCACUUCUCGGCAGGAAGUGCACCUCGCAGCGGAGACGAUGACGGCACCGAGAAUUCCAAGUCCAGCCUUUCGUUCAUGCGGGGAUUGCUUCCGAAGUAUUUUAGCUCAGAGUGGAGUUUUGCUCAGUUUCGUGUGCCGGAGACCCGAACGAUCUGUGCGUUUGGCACGGAGAAGAAUACCAUUGUUGUCGUUGGGGCUGAUGGAUCAUUUUACAAAGCUGUCUUUGACGCCAACGGCGAAUGUCAGAAUACGUCUUACUCGAAGUUCAUACAGUCCGACGAGGAUGAGUAG